AUGGCAGCAAUGGUUGUGCGAAUAUUCACGGCAUUUGGCCCCCCAAAAGUCGAAAAGCAGAGCGAUGCUAUCCGUUUCGGCAUUCUAGGGGCGGCCCAGAUUGCACCUCUUGCCUUAAUCACACCGGCUCUCUCACACCCAGAGGUUAUUGUGCAAGCAAUCGCUGCUAGAGAUCAUGCUCGUGCCUCAGCAUUCGCCAAAAAACACAACAUCCCCUAUGUUCGCACAUCCUAUGACGAAAUUCUCGAAGACCCUAAGAUUGAUGCAGUCUUGAUUCCUUUGCCUAACAGUUUGCAUUUCGAAUGGGCUGUGCGUGCCAUUCGCGCUGGAAAGCAUGUUCUUCUAGAGAAGCCGUCGACCUCCAACGCUAUUGAGGCCGAGAUUCUCUUCAACCUACCUGAACUGUCACAGCCAAAUGCUCCCGUACUUCUAGAGGCUUUCCACAACCGGUUUCAUCCUGCAGUGCACAAGUUCCGGUCCUUCAUCACUCCUGCCGAUGUCGUUCACGUCCAUACAGACUCCAUGAUUCCAGGCUUGAUGCUCAACAAGGACAACAUUGGGUUCAAUUACAAACUCUCCGGUGGGAGUAUGAUGAUGCUAGGCACAUAUAACUUCGGCAUCAUCCGUAUGAUCUUCGACGAUGACCCGGUAGAGUGUCUAAGCUGCGAACCUGGCAUCUUCGGCGACGGCAUCCACGACCAGUGCGAUACUGACUUCAAAGCCAGUUUCCGCUUUCCGAACGGCGGCAUUGCCGAAGCUUCCACCACUAUGCGGGGGUCUAUCCUAUGGAAACCGUCCGAGGCCCGCAUCACACACAAGGAAGUUGUCGUCGAUGACAAGUCCCUUCCAGAGACACAGGAGAUGCUACGUACCCGGGUGGUGACGCUGCACGGUUUUAUUCACGCCGUUAUCUGGCACCGUAUUGAUGUUAAGGAUACCUUCGUUGUUCGUAACAAGGGUGACCGCACGCCGGUCAAGACUUGGACUGAAUCUAAGUCGCAUAAGGCAUACAGCUACAAGGAGGCCGGGGGAGAGUUUGCGGAUCUCCCCGGUGAGGACUGGUGGAUGUCAUAUCGGUACCAACUUGAAGAGUUUGUCAAUCGUGUCAAGGGGCGUUCCACGCAAUAUUGGGUUGGUGGUAAGGAUUCAUGGGAUCAGAUGAGAAUGAUUGACAUGGCGUAUGAGAGGAGCGGGUUGGGAUUGCGGCCAACAAGUGCGUUCCGGUGA